AUGCCCAACAUCGUCCUUCAAAAGGCAAUUCUGGAUAUUACCGCUCUCAGUGUUCUUUCAGUCGAGGAACUGCGCGAUGUUCAAGGCCCAGCUGAUCCCGAUGAAAUCGCCGCUAUUGAAAGCUUGUGUAAUACCCAUCCUCAAGUGCUCGAGGCAACCCAGAAACUCCAACUUCCUGCCGGUACUCAAGUAAUCAAUGAUCCAUGGGCGUAUGGCACUGAUGACGAGACUGAACGGCGACGACUAUACCAAUGCUACAUGUACCUCGUGCUCAACGUCGACCCUGAAGCGAAUCACUACUCAAUCCCCCUUCCCUUCUCCCCAGUCUUUGAUGCAUACACGAUGACGCUUCAGUGGGUAGACUACCUUCCGCUCGGCGAUGAGCCCACGGUCGACAGUAUCACUGGUCCUUGGGACCCAGUUGCAGCUGUUGAAUAUUCCAGCCGUCUACUGAAGAAAGAAGGACAACGCACUGAUCUCACUCCGCUACAUGUUCAUCAACCAAAGGGCCCAUCCUUUACCGUUAAUGACAGAGAAGUUUCAUGGCAAAAGUGGAAAUUUAUUCUUGGCUGGAAUCUGCGCGAAGGACCAGUUCUGUAUAAUGUCACUUUUGGCGGUCAACCUUCUACCGCAUUUGAUCUCGGUGACACCGGUCUCGGGAUCAAUUCUAACAGUCUCGAACUCGGAUGUGACUGUCUUGGACAUAUUCGAUAUUUUGAUGGCUGCCGAGUCACGUCUACCGGAGAACUUGUUCAGUUGAAGAACGUGGUGUGCAUGCACGAGAUCGAUGCAGGUAUUGGUUUGAAACAUGUUAAUUUCCGUUCGCAAUCAGCGUCGGUGACACGCAAUCGUCAGCUCGUCGUUCAGUGUGUUGCAACUGUCGCGAAUUACGAGUAUAUCCUUGCCUUUAUCCUAGACCAGUCGGCCAAUAUCCACAUCGAACUUCGUGCCACGGGAAUUGUCUCGACUGUGCCAAUCAGCCCAAAGGCGACAAAGGUCCCGCCGUGGGGUGUUAAAGUAGCCCCAGGGGCUCUAGCAUUGAACCACCAGCAUUUGUUUUGCUUGAGAGUCAAUCCUGCUAUUGAUGGACAGCAAAACAGCGUGGUAUUUGACGAUAUAGUCCCACUCCAAGACGGGCAGACCGAUCCUUACGGCGUGGCAUUCUUGCCGUCAACAUCGACAAUCAGCAAACCUGGAGGCUAUAAUCUUGAUCUCACCAAGUCUCGAGUUUACAGGAUUCAGAAUUCAAAUGUCGUCAACCCAGUAUCCGGAAAACCUGUUGCAUAUAAACUGCAUGCUCUGCCCUCGCAAAUGAUGAUUAUGAAUGAAGAGACAUUUAACUCGAAGAGAGGCAUUUUUGCCUCGGAGCCGAUAUGGGUGACUGCUUACCAUGACGAUGAGUUGUAUACGGGAUGA